UAAAAUACUCUUCCUUCUCCACCUGGUAUUCACUUCUCAACAAGGACGUCGUCGGUCGUGGAAAGUUGUGGAAAAAUGCAAGUCUUUGGGGUCGUUGUGGUUGUGUUAGCAUUGUACAGCGUACAUGCCACUGUUUUCUUUCGUGAGGAGUUUACGGACGGUGAUGAAUGGAGAAGUCGCUGGGUGAACUCCAAACACAAAUCUGACUAUGGAGAGUGGAAACUAACAGCCGGCAACUUCUAUGGAGAUGCUGAGAAAGACAAAGGUCUGCAAACAAGCCAGGAUGCUCGUUUUUAUGCAACCUCUGCCCGCUUCGAGCCUUUCAGCAACGAGGGCAAGCCUUUGGUCAUUCAGUUUACAGUCAAGCAUGAGCAAAAGAUUGACUGUGGUGGUGGCUACGUGAAAGUCUUCCCCUCAGACCUGGACCAGACUGACAUGCAUGGAGACUCCUCAUACUACGUCAUGUUUGGCCCUGAUAUCUGUGGCUACAGCACCAAGAAAGUCCAUGUCAUCUUCAAUUACAAAGGCAAGAAUCACCUAAUCAAGAAAGAGAUUAAGUGCAAGGAUGAUGAGCUGACCCAUCUGUACACACUAAUCCUGAAUCCCGAUCAGACCUAUGAGGUGAAAAUUGAUAAUGAGAAGGUAGAAUCUGGCAGUCUGGAGGAAGACUGGGACUUCCUGCCUCCUAAGAAAGUUAAGGACCCUGAAGCCAAGAAGCCAGAGGACUGGGAUGAUCGUGCAAAGGUUGAUGAUGCUGAUGACACAAAGCCUGAGGAUUGGGACAAAGCUGAAAACAUUCCAGACCCUGAUGCUAAAAAGCCUGAGGAUUGGGAUGAGGAUAUGGAUGGAGAGUGGGAGCCACCUAUGAUCCCAAACCCAGAGUACAAGGGAGAAUGGAAACCCAAACAGAUUGACAACCCCAACUACAAAGGAACCUGGGUGCACCCUGAGAUUGACAAUCCUGAAUACAGCCCUGAUUUGAACAUCUACAAGUUUGACAAAGUUGGUGUUCUAGGUCUGGAUCUUUGGCAGGUGAAAUCUGGAACCAUCUUUGAUAACUUCCUGAUCGGAGACGAUGUGAAGGAGGCUGAAGAGAUUGGACAGGAGACAUGGGGGAUGACAAAGGAACCCGAAAAGACAAUGAAACAGGAGCAAGAUGACCUGAAACGAAAAGAAGACGAGGAGAAGAACAAAGAACAAGAGACUGAAGCUGACGAGGAGGACGACGAGGAGGAGGAUGAUGAAGACAUGAGUGAAGAAAAGGACGAAAUGGAGGAGGCACUUUCAGAAAUGGAUGAGGAGGAAGCAAAGCUUAAAGAUGAGCUUUGAGGAGGUGUUGCUGUAGAUUUUGUACGUCCCUCCUUUAGAAACUCUGUCCUGAAUUUCCCAGGGGUAUUUUGGCUGCUGUGCAUCCUCUCCCUGAGAUUUGGACACAACCCAACUUAGGGUGCAAAGGUAGUGAAUUGGGUGUUGAUGGACUUAGUUUCUCUUUCAUUUUGGUCAUAUUUCCCUGUUGCCCCUGAGCUGCUUAGUUGAUUCUUGUGUUUUCUAUGCUCAAGGUGCAUUCCUCAUUUUGAAAUAACAGAGAAUAGAGAUUCACUUUUUUUCCUUGAUUCACACAAUGUUAUAUGCAGAUUUUCUCAUCAAGGUUUCACAAUUUUACCAAAAGCUGGUAUACAAAAGAGGUAAAUAAAAGAAAACUGAGAAUUUAAAACUGAUCUAUUGCAGCCUCAUGAAAAGUAAACUGCACAUACCUGAAAAUGAGAUACAUAGACUGACUGAAUGCAAAACGAUCACAAAAUACAGACAAAUCAAGACUGUAAUGUAACUUGUUUAUGUCUGUGGCACUGACUUUCAAUGUUUCUCCCAGACUUAAAAUGCAUAAUUGAAGGAAGUGUCAAUCAGUCUCCAUCUUAAUGCACAAUGAAAUAGUUUCUCUACAGUAAAUUGCAUACUUUGAAAGUGUCUUCAUGGUAAUAUGAUGGAACCUGCAUUAAAUCCUGGAAAUCUGAAGAACAUAUGGGGAGCCCCUGGAGUGACUUGUGAAAUCAUAGGGAUGAUUUUUAUUGGACAGAAUGUUAAUGAUACCAAAGUUUUUAUUAAAAAGAUUAUAACCUAA